UCACUCUUUAAAAAAAUGUCUCUCUUCGUAACAUUUCUUUACAUUUUCCUCUGUAACUCAGUUUCUCUCUCAUCAUCUCUCUCUCUCCACUUUCCUCUCAAAUCCCUUCGUCUCACUCCAACCACUAACUCAUCUUCUUCUUCGUCUUCUUCUUCUUCUUCUUUCCAAACCUCCCUCGCCUCUCGCCGGACUCCGUCGUCUCUUCCGUACAGUUUCCGAUCAAACUUCAAAUAUUCAAUGGCUCUGAUUCUCUCUCUUCCCAUUGGAACACCGGCUCAGACUCAAGAGCUUGUUCUUGACACAGGAAGCCAACUUUCUUGGAUUCAGUGUCAUCCCAAGAAAAAGAAGAAGAAGCCUACGACGUCGUUUGAUCCUUCGUUAUCGUCGUCGUUUUCCGAUUUGCCUUGCUCUCAUCCUCUCUGCAAACCACGAAUUCCCGAUUUUACCCUUCCCACGACUUGCGACUCGAACCGUCUCUGUCACUAUUCCUACUUCUACGCAGACGGAACCUUCGCCGAGGGUAAUCUCGUCAAAGAAAAAUUCACCUUCUCAAAUACCCAAAUUACCCCUCCUUUGAUUCUAGGCUGCGCUGCUGAGUCUACAGACGAUAAGGGUAUUUUGGGAAUGAAUCUUGGUCGUCUUUCUUUCGUCUCCCAAGCUAAAAUCUCGAAAUUCUCUUAUUGCAUUCCUACCCGGUCAAACCAACCCGGUUUAUCUUCGACCGGUUCGUUUUACCUCGGGGAAAACCCGAGUUCUCGCGGGUUCAAAUACGUCUCUCUUUUGACUUUUCCUCAGAGUCAACGCAUGCCGAAUCUUGACCCUCUGGCUUACACAGUACCUUUGCAAGGGAUACGAAUCGGACAAAAGAGACUGAACAUCUCAGCCUCUGUUUUCAGACCCGAUGCAGGCGGGUCGGGUCAAACCAUGGUCGACUCGGGUUCCGAGUUCACUCACUUGGUCGACGUGGCGUAUGAUAAAGUGAAGGAAGAAAUUGUGAGGCUUGUGGGGCCUAGAUUAAAGAAGGGUUACGUGUACGGCGCGACGGCUGACAUGUGUUUCGAUGGGAACAAUCCUGUGGAGAUCGGACGGUUGAUAGGAGAUCUCGUGUUUGAAUUCGGGAGAGGAGUUGAGAUCCUCGUUGAGAAACAGAGGCUUCUCGUUAACGUAGGAGGUGGGGUCCACUGUCUUGGGAUCGGACGGUCCAGCAUGCUUGGUGCAGCGAGUAAUAUAAUCGGGAACGUUCAUCAACAGAAUCUAUGGGUUGAGUUUGAUGUGGCCAAUAGGAGAGUGGGUUUCAGUAAAGCCGACUGCAGCAGAUUAUUACGUUGAUGAGAAGAAGGUUCUAAUAUUCGUCUACGGUCGUGCGUAUGAUGUUUGAUCGGACAGUGUAUAUGAUUAUCAGUUUUGAAUAUGGGAUUUGUGGGUCCUAUAGAAGGACAUCUGUCUGAAGCAGCUUCUCAAUCUUUAUUAAGCCCUGUAACUAUAAUAAUCAAAUGGUCUCAUUUCAUGUAUGUGUUAAUGAUCACUGCCACUUGUAAAUU